GGAGUCAUCAAGGUUGUUGUUGUCAUCAAGGCUGACCCAGGAAUACUACAGCUGUUGUUAUUAUUGACACAUGGGUGACGGGGUGCCAGCUUGCCCGAAACGCUAUGCGUGCGAGUGGCUUUACAACAAUGUACAAUCAACUUAAUUUCGAUGUUCUCCGUUAACCCCCAAUGUACCUUCUUGUGCAUAAAUAAAUAAAUAGAUAAAUAAGCUGUGGCCGACAGCUGGCGACGACGACUCCAGGAGCUGGGCAGCCAGCAGUGACGUCACAACACGAAUUUGACUGUCGGGCUUCUUAAUGUACACCCAUUAUAUAGGAGAGUCCCCGGUUGACUGACUAUAUUAUAUACCCGGACCCUCUGGACAUAAUAGGAAAAAAAUGUCCUUGGAAUUGCUUAAAAAAUGGCCCACCCCUUACUACGGUAAAGAAACGUUCAUCAUCUACUGUGAGAAUAACCUCGAGUUCUCCUCCAACAAGGAUGACAUGAUUUUGAAAAGUGAUUUAUUCACAUCGUACGUGUUUUAUUGCAAAGGUAAUAAGCUAGAACCCACGGCAUCAACCACGAACAUUGGGAAGCACAUGAAAGGAAUUCAGAUCCGAACACAACGUCUGGGUACCACAAACAAGCAGAAAUAUUGUUACUGUGGUUUAGCCUUUAAGGAAGGCUCUGGCUACACUACCUUCAAGCCUGGCAAACGAGGAAGGAAAAGAACGAAAGAAGUCGUGGAAAUUACAUCUGAGAUGCACAAUGAAAAGUACUUUAAAUGGCUCAGAACAUUAAAGCGAAAAGUCUGGAGGAUUUUGAUGGAGGAGUGUGGAUACAAUACUGACGAAUCAAGGAGUUCUGAUGAAUUCUCAGAAGAGACAUCUAAGUUAGGGGCAGAAUUAGAUACAUUAGUGAGAGAGUUUCCUCAGGAAGAGGAGCAAGACGUGAAAAAGAAUACAAAUUAUAUGAGACAAGUGUCACCUGUCUUAUACCACUCGAUGCCUAGUCUAGAAUAAUGACAAUAAUAAUCAUUUCAGUCUUAUACUUUUACCGUUUUCUUUUUUUUUCCUCGUAUUGUCAGGAUUAUUAUUAGUAGUUUAUUGCUUUAGUCUCGAAUGACUGUUAUUUUAGUUAAUGUUAAGGGUCUACCACACUUAAUGUUAAUAUUAUUGCUUUGUAACUUAUAUUAACACGUAAUAUAACACAUAUAUAUUAAGGCUCAUAUGUGUAGCCUAUCAUUUACACUAACCUAUAUAAAUGGUUUGUAUACUAAUAUUUAUGUUGAACAAUAUAUA